AUGUCUGUUCCGAGUAAAUCUAUUGAUAAAAAUAAACGCUAUGCUGGUGUCAAAGCAAAUGAUUUUGUAAACAAAGCAAGGACAAACGAAACGAGUCGAGCAGCUGCUCGCACUCAAGGAUGGACCAAUCUCGGAAAAAUCAGUAGUCGACGUAUUCCACCACCGGCUAAUUUACCAAGUUUAAAAAGUGAAACAGGUACAACUACAGUAUCAUUCGAUCCAACAGUCUCAACUGGCACUAGCCAUGGAUGGACAGCUAGUGGAAAUCAAACGCCAACAAAUCUCGCUGCUAAUCAAACACGUCCAUUAACACCAUCAAAACAGCCAACACAACAACAACUUGAUUCAUUAUCUGCUCACGUUUCAACAUCACCACCGCCUCUACCACCAUCAUCAUCAUCGACACUUGCAUCUGAUAUUGAGAAACCUCGUGGAUCAGCAACAUGGAGUACAGUAAUAGUUGGCAAUACUUCGGGAAAUUCCAAUGAUCAUCCGCCAAAUUUACUCGGCUUAAAUGAUUUUCCACGUUUAGCUACACAAGAUAAUAAAACUGCAAAAUCACAACAUGAUUCAUUGCUUAAUUCUAUAUCAGCAACGUCACAAGGACCUAUUUUUCGACCAGCAAAUCUAGCAUCAUGGAAAGAAGGUGGUGGUCGUGCUCAACCAGUAUCAAAUGAUAUAACUAAAGAGUCCAACGAUAAUAAUAAUAAUAAUAAUUUAUCAGCUUUAUCUAUGCAAUCACAGAUGCUACCGACUAAUGCAAGUCCUAGUUUACUUCAAUCACAAAUACAGAAUUCUAAUAAUUCACAAUACAACCGAAUGUAUCAACCUCAACAACAACAACAACAACAACAACAGCAACAACAACAAAUGUGGUCCUAUAAUGUCGGUAAUUCCUAUGGUUCAUAUGGAGCAAAUCAAGCUCCUUCAUCCAUGUCUAUGCAUCAGUUACAUCAUCAUCAGCAACGCGCAUCACCGUACGGUAAUAACGCUCAAUCACAAUCUCAACAGCAACGUAUGAAUGCGUCAGCAGAUUAUAAGACUCCAACUAUUCUACGAAAUAAAGAUAUUGAUGAUUUAUCAAAAUUAACCGAUAAUGUAACAUGGGCGAGUGCACCUCAGGAAGUGAAUUAUGAAGAAAAAAUACGUUUCAGUGAUGAUGAAGACAAUGACAUAACGGACAAUAAUACUAAAUCUCGUCGGUAUAAUAAUAAUAAUAAUUCUCAGAAACAAUCAUAUCCUCAAGUAUUACAAAAUAAUAAUAAUAAUAAUAAUCGUUCAAUGCAUACAAAUUAUUCUCAACAGCAAACAACACGUUCGCGUUUAUUACAAGACGAUGAACAUGUUAAACAAAUGCAAGACGAUAAAAAUUCCGAACUAAUCAAUACAUUAACUGUCGCUAAACAACGACGUGAUGAACAAGAACGUAAUCUUCGCGAUUCAUCACAACGACCGUCUACGACUGUACAAAAAUCAUUCGACGAUCAAAAACAAAUACCUGGUUAUCAAACGCGUCCAUUGAUAACUUCAACUGGUAAAGACAAUUUAAGUUCAUCACAAAUCGAUUCAUCGUCAUUAUGGGGACAAUCGAAUAGUGGAACAACAUCUCGUACUCGUCACGAUACAACCGAUAGUCAAACAUUUGCAAUGAAAAGUUGGUCUGAUCAAAUGGAUUCUUUUAAUUAUGCUUCAUUACAUGAAAAAUCCGGUGGACAAGUUGAUACUGAUGAUCAUCAUGAUGAUACUACAGCUGCAGUUACCAUUACUAGUGUUCCAUCUGUAACACACAAGUAUAGUCGAUCACAAAGUGAAUCCAGUUGUCAAUCUCAAACUGAUAAUAAUGGAACGACAAUAAAUCGAUCCAAAAAUUAUCCAAUAUCCAAUCGUAGACAACCAAAAUCAAAUUUAAUUCUUUCGAAACCAACACGUCCGAAAGCUAAACCUGCGGAUGUUAUCGAUUAUUUUGAAAAUAAUGAACAUCAACAUCAUAUGAAAUCUAAUGAUCAAUGGGGUGAUGUUGAUGAAACAAAUUAUAAUGCAAAUAAUCGCUAUCAACAAUCUUACUUCAACGAUCGCCGUUCGACUAGUCAUCAUCAACAACAACAAAAUCUCUCGGAAGAUUUAUCACAAAAAUCAAAUCGUCAUAACGAACAAACCAAUGAUUUCAAUCGAACUAAACAACCCGCUAAAACACGUUCAAAUGUAGCAUCUCGUCAAUCAGACAUGCCAUCAUCAUCAUCGUCGAAAGUUGAGACUAAAACAGUGACUAGCAAAGCUCAGCCAGCAUGGCGCCCACUAUCUCCAGCACGUCCAUUGGAUCCAAACGAACCAACGCUACAAGAAGCCAUAACCUAUAAAUCACAAAUAAAAACGAACGAUUCUAAUGAUCGUCGGCAAUCAGCGCCCGUUGAACGUAAACAACGUUAUACAACAAGUACAACACCAAUUAAUACCGCAUCGAUUCCGCCAUUAAUGAGUGUACGAUCUGAUGUACCCCCGGCACCUAUUCAAACGUCAAACACGGCAUCGAAACAUUUCAAGACAUCAAAUCAAUCGCAAAGACAAGAUUAUAAUAGUUCAUCACAUUAUUCUCAACGAAAUGAUUUUUACAAUGAAACAAAUGAUUCGGCUUGGGGCAAUGACGAGGAUUAUUAUGAUGAUGAAACAGGCUAUUACGAUCCGAAUAUUCAAAAUCAUCAACGCCAUCAUCAGUCAAUGGGUUAUCAUUCGAAUGUACAUCAUAGAGGAUACAUUGCAUUAGGCUCCUAUGGACGAUAUCGUCGGGGUGGAACACUUCGUCAACAACAACAAUAUAAUGCCUAUAAUGUCAACACUACAUCCUCACAACUUAACACAAGUACAGGAGCGAGAACAAAAAAAGUCAUAACAAACCGCACGACAACGACGAAAAAACCCAAUGAACCACCUGAACAAACAGAACCAACAAAACUCGUUACUGAUGAAAUAGUAAAAAAGCCAACACCAUGGGGUUUGGAUACGAAACCAUCGAUUAUAGAAGAAGUACCAAAAGUGAAGCCAAUCGAAACACCUGUAGUAUCAAUUGAAAUUGAAAAACCAAAAGAAACAAUAACAAUAACGUCAGAACCAAAACCUGAAAAUGAACCAAUUGUUGCUGGACAAACAGAAAUUGAUUCAACGGUAACAAAUAAAAAACCAAUAGCAACGACAAAUUCACAGAGAAAACCAAAUAAAGAUCAACAGAAUUAUCAUUAUCAAAAUCAAAAUCAGCCAGUAUCUCAUCAUAGAAAUACCUAUGGACGUUCAGCACAAGAUUAUGAUACGACACAAAUUUCUAGCCAUAAUUAUUACGGUACUGGACAUCGUGCUACACGAGGGGGUCGUACGGCACGUAUGCAUGAUUUAUCCGGUGGUUAUUAUUAUGAACAUCCUCAGCAGCGUUAUAAUAAUCGAUAUAAUUAUUCAAAUGAACAUUAUUCACAACAACAUCAAGUACAUAUCCCGAAUAAAACUAUCAAACGUGCUGGUUUGUCGACUGCAACAAACGAUCGUCAACAGACCAAACAGCAAACAACGAAAGGUAACGCUAUUAUUAACCCUCGUCUUCAAUCAGCCAGUGAUAAUGAACAAAAAGAAGGCGAAGAAUGGGAAACAGCAUCGGAAUCAAGUGCGAAUAUGCGUUCUGGUCAUCCCGAGACUAAUCCACAAGUAGCGAAGUCUAUUACAAGUGAAACAAAAUCGACACAUCGUGAUCGAACACCACCAAAGAAAAGUUUUUCAAGUCAAAGACCAUUGAAUUCUCGUCACGCUGAAACUGGUAUUCAUCGUCGUUCACAUAAUCUACAUGAUCGUGGUAGUAAAACAGCUCGAAUUACGACUCAUCGUCCGAGUCGUUCAGUAACCAAUCAAAAACCGAGUUCAACACAAAGACUCGAUGAAGAAAAUUCAACUGGAAAACAAGUGAAAAAAGAUCAACAUCGCCAUUCUCUUGAAGGCUAUGAUUUAAAUAAUGUUGCUGGUGUUGUUAAAAUUGAGACACUACCAGCGAGUGCAUUAGAAGAAGAAAAUGAAGCUUUUGAUGAUGGCGGCGAAGAAUUUUGUGUUGUUAUGUCUAAGCGUGGUCGUAAAGAACAAAAAGCUGCUCAGCUAUCGAAACAAAUUGCGAUUGAAUCAACUGUUACUACUAGCAUACCAACUGACCAACCAAUAAAACCAGCAUUGAUUGUCAAUGAUGAACAACAAACAAUUGAGAAAAUUUCGAACGAUACUAAUCAAACGAGUGCUACACGUGCUCGCAGUGGUAAAUCAGUUCCACCACGUUUCAAUAGUAAAACAUCGAGUUCAACGACGCGUCAACAUAAUACGAAAACUGAUCAUCAGAGCGCUUCGAUGAACUAUUAUUAUGAUCAGAAUUAUUAUUAUUAUGAUCAAAGUCAAUAUUACGAUGACGGAUCUUAUUAUAGCUAUGGGAAUUAUAAUCAAUCUCAUCGACAACCAUCAACACGUCGUAAACAGCGCAGUCAACAAAGUCAUGAUGCAAAUGUAGUAGAUGAUAUCGGUAGUGAACGAAAACCUGAAGUUAAUAUUGCUGAAAAAGUUCACUCAACAGCGUCAAAUGUUAUGUCAAAUAUUCAAAUGUGGGAUCCACAUACAGAGAGUACGAUUUCGAAUUCAAGUAAAUUAAUCGAAAAACGUAAGUUUCUUAUAUCGACUCACGAUCGAAAAUUUGGAAAUGAAGUAGUUCCUUCUUCAUCGUCAAAUGAUCCAUCAUUACCACUUCAUCAACGCACAGCAACAGAUUUAACUACGCAUUCAACAGUAUCGAAAACUAAUGAAACAAUUGCGCGAACGAUUAAACCGCCUGUAACAGAUAAUAAAGUUAACCGAGACAAUAAGACAAAAUCUACUAGUUAUGAAAAGAAUGAUACUAUUGCAUCAUUAGGUUCGAAUCAAUUAUUUGAAAAGAGUACAUUUUUGGAUUAUGACGAUAAACAGUCUAUCGGCACAGUUGGUGAUGAUUACAAUCAAAAGAUAAAUUCACUUAAAACAAUAUGGGAUGCAUCCGAUCAUCCAAGUAUGCAACUUGAACAAACAAUUAAUACAAUGGUUGCGAUGAAACAAAAAAAACAACAUCAAGAUAAUACUGUUCCAAGUAACAAUUCAACAAAAGCCGAUACCUACGUUAAAGAAUCAAUACCAACAUCGUCAACAAAUAUAUCAGUCACAAAUACAAAUGUUUCAUCCGCAAUUGCUGAUGAUACAAAUAAUAAAAAUACGGUAGCUACUGGUAAUCUACAAUCGACAGGAUCUUCAUCGACUAUCAAUCAACCGCCAACAUAUUCAACAAGUACUGUUUCAAGUAAAAAUGAACAAAAGAAUAUUUGCACAGUAAAACCAACUCAGCAAGUUGCACCGAAUAUUCAAGACCAAGUUGAUGUAACAAGUUAUCAAACAUUUGCAGUUCCUCCACUACCGCCACCGAUGUCUCAAGCGUCGCUACAACAGCAACAACAACAACAUAUUCUUCCUCAAUCUCAAGUUAAUACACUACAUCAACAACAUACCUAUCCAUUCUAUGAAAAUCUUUUACCAGCUCCUCCACCACCACUACCGCAGCAACAAGCACAACAACAACAACAACAACAGCAACAACAACAAUUUAAUCGAAUUUAUUCAUCGACUUCAAAUACUACCAGUACGGAUCCGAUAAAUUCAGAUUUUUCGAGUAUUCAAUCUUCACAAAUCUAUGCACCACAAAACUUUCAAUAUCGAAAUACAAAUGUUUUCAUACAACCACCAAACGUACCAAAUACAAACUCAAUGUUUCAUCAUACAUCUCAAGGUUCGAUUUCGGCUCCACCACAAAACAAUGCCAUGCCACCAAUGGCUAGUUAUCCAUCGCCAUUUUUGGUGGAUCAUGGCGGUCAUAUGAUUAGUCAACCACAACCACCACCUCCACCACAAGCAUAUAUGAAUAAUCAAAUGAUGUCUGGUCGGCCACAAGGGGGUCCAUACUAUCGAACUACACCACAGCAGCAAAUGCAAACACCACCAGGACCACCCUAUGGUACUCAAGAUCCAUUAGCACACGGAGGAUUUUAUCCACCAUUCUUUCAACCACCAAAUUCAAAUGCUCCACCUGUUGGGCAUCCGUCGCCUCAUAAUUUAUAUGGACAAAACGAAGGUUUUCAUCCACCACAUCCACAAAUGUUCGCUCGUGCUGGUUCAAUCGAUCGUGGUGAUCAUGCGUUAAUGUCUCAACCUCCACCACAAUCGUUAUCUCGUCCAACCAAUUAUCCAUCGACAUCAUCAAAUCAACAACAACAACAACAACAACAACAACAAGGUCAACCGCCGUCAUUACUAUCACAAAACUUAAAGUCAUUUCAUACCAAUCAACAACAAACAUCUUCAUCAAAUCAAGCUCAAUUUUAUCCACCACCAAAUCAAUACGCUCGUCAACUGAUGCCCAGUGGUGCUAUGAAUACAACAAAUAAUCGUCCGCAAACUCAACAAGUACCGAGUCUAAUGAGUGGUUUAAAUAAGAAUUUUUCAAACAAUGGAAAUAAUAUGAAUAAUACACAAUCGUUAUUUCAACAUCGACAGCCAUUACUACCUCCACAAUCGAACAACAGUCGUCCGUUAUAUCAACAUAAUGCACAAUAUUCAAAUUAUUCUAAAUCAACUGGUCCGAAUGAUGAUAAUGUUAAACCAAAACAUAUGUAG